UUGACACCGGCUUAGUGAAAGCACGCCGCACGAGCGAUUUGUAGAUUUCACGUGUAGUCCGCGGGACAAACCGCGUGCCUACAUCGUUUAUCAUUAGAGGACGAGGAUAUAUACGGUUAACCGACAUCGGAUUACAGUGUUGUUCAACUGUGUUAACCCAAGUUUAUGGUAAACAUUCUUUAAUAGAUGAAUAAGUGGCCAUAAUUUUAACUUUUUCUAUCUCUGGAUUUAAUUCGUGGAUUAUUUCAGUCAUGGCCGAUUUGGAGAGGAAACCCGGAACACACUCGUCUGUCGCCACUUGUACACACAGCUCAGACUUGUAACGUGUAACGUGUACCUGCUUCAUCACAACUGCAAGAUCCUGGAUUCAGCCUCCGCAACCUCAGACAUAUAACACACCCGCGGCUCACUUCUUCUCAUGCUGUGUCCUUCAUUCUAUGAUUGAGUGCCAAUGUACAUAACGCUAAUCCCAAUACACAUCCUUUAUAUGUGCGAUGUGUGGAUUCGGAAUUUCUCCUAAGACGUGGAUUACUUGGUUUUGUGGUCAUUUAAUACCUUAUAUGGAUGUCACUAAGAAUGUGUGCCAACGCACGUGAUAGUUUCCCGUUUGAAUGUCUGCCUAAAACAUUCGGUGGGGUGUGAAUGAAUGCAACGAUUCUUAUCGGAAAUAUUAUCAAGAAAAUCGGGAUUAACAUGCCAUUAAACGUUUGGAAGCCGGGCGUUCAUUAAAUAUUCACAACACCCAUGAAGAGAAGAUUGUGUUUUCACGUCAUCAAUGGUUCUAAGUAUAUAAGUCUGCGGGAGAGGAUGCUAACUUAUGCAAAGUGAAGCCCCAAUAGUCAAUAGAGGCGUUUCUGGGCAAGGCUAUCAAUUUUGCCAAAUGUCAAGAAAAGUCUACGUCCCUUGUCCUCUUGGCUCAACGAAUAGGAAACACAGGUGGAACAAAAAGCGUCUGCAUGACGCAGAUGUGUAAUUUUAGUCAUGUUUGUGCCCCGUGCGCAUGUGUAUCUUGAAAAGCCAAAUAAAAAGAGCUGGUUUUCUGGCUCGUCCCGGCCCAAGAUCAGCAAGCCUAAACAUAAGGUCAACUUAGUAGAGUAUGUGCGAAUGCCAUGCCUCAUCCCGACAUUUAUCGGGACAAUAGUGGGCUUCAUGAUAAUAUGUGGUGGAACAGUCUUAUGUUUAAUGGGUUAUAACCCAGGCAAAUUUCUAGGAUACUCAGCGAAAACAACGAAUAAUUUAAAUUCUAAUAUUUCGUCAGCCAACAUAACCGAACCUACCGUACUCGUGAGUACAGCGCCCGAGUUACCAAAUCUUAAAGUGUUAACAUACAUAGGUCCGGUAUUCAUGGGAAUUGGUUUCUUUGUCAUGAUGGUAGCUGUUGUUCUCUACUGUGAAAUAAAGGACAAAUACGUGACACACAUUCUCCCGGACAGGGACGUCAAGCAGCUUAGAAAAGAUGAACUCUAUGACAUGAUUAUAAGUGAAUUUCGGAAAAAUUAUUUCCGUGGAAUCGAAGUACCAUUAAAAUCGAAAACUGUCCAAAGAGAAAAUUCGAUUGAGAAGAAAUUACCGACAUUGUUUAAAGCACUAAGUAUCAGCACGCCGGCGUUGCUGAUUACACCGGAAAUGCAGCGGAAAUGGAGGGACCGGGACAGAGUCAUGUCAAUUUCAGUGCCAAUCAGUGCAAAACAGGUCGAGAGAGUGCGAGUAGUGCCCAUAGCAAGAACACGAAGGGAAUCCUGGCUUAAGACGUCUUCCCUUCCAAAUAUACGUCCGAAAAGUGCCAUCAGAGAAGCGAUGCGGGCAUCGAAAAAAUGCAGGUCUCAAUUUGUAAAUAAUAGUGAAAUAUCGAAGAGUUUUCAGGAAAACAUGAGCCAUUUAACGACACUUAAAGAUGACACCGGAUGUGAUAAUCCAGCAUUUAGGGACUCGCCUACUGAAACAAUUAAAUUGACAGAAAUAGGACCAACACAUUCCCCAGACUCGCCUGUGUUCUCUCACGGGACACAUUUAACGAAAGUUCAGGUGCACAUGGAAGCGUCUCAUCAGGACAAUAUGCAAGACUACAACAAUACGGAUGCAAGGGGGUAUACGUUACGUAGGGUUUCAAUACAGGAAGGCGCAUGUUCACAACAACAGGAUGUGAGUGACUCGCCGGAUUCACAAUCAACACAGGAUCCUGUGUGUGAUUCACCCGAAUCCUGUUCUGUUGUUAUAGACGCGGAUGUGGAUCCAGAUGAUGUCGCUUUAGAUUGUGAUUCAGAGGAGCAGUUAUUGGAGGAGCACAAAGGGCGUGAAUUGACUCGUGUGAAAUCGUUAUUUAAUUUAUCAGAGGGACGUGAUCGCAAAGUCGAUUCUGGACAGGUAGGGCCGUACAAGACUUGUAUUGGUAUAUUUAGGAGUGAAUCGUGUUUAGAUCAGCUACGUAAAGAUUAUGUAGAAACAGACGAUGAUGCACGUUCAGAUGACUCCUUUACCCUGACUGAUGACGUCAUGAAGUAUUUUGAAAAAUCAGAUUUACUACCGGUAUAGUGUCCACCAUUCCAAUCCAUCAUUUUUAUGUGUUUAUCAUUUGGACGUUGUUUGUCAUUUGUAAAUAGAAUUUCUUUUUUACGUAUUUUGAUACCGUUGUUUGUGUAUAAUACCUGCGAGUAAAAGAAUGUCUUUAUUUGGGUGAAGUAGAAAAAAAUGUGACAAUUUUGACUUUUUAUACGAAAUAAAAUGCUACCAAUGAUAUUUGUAUCCUCCUAAUUUUCCAUCACAUUGGUAACUUACACCGAUAUCUCUAGUACACCUUGAUUGUGUAUUCCAUUGUAGAUGAUCGUUCUCUCUUUAAAGGUAUAGAAACCUAACCGCGUGUUUUCUGAGUGUCUUUAAAGGUAACGAAAUGUCUAUGUGUAUUCCGAGUGUCAUAUUUUUCUACACCUCAACAUUCCGUCGUACAUCAAUUAAGUGCAUUAAUAGGUUAUUAGGAACUUUUCGCCACUUUUCGGUUAAAUGUAUGUAGUUGUAAAUUAUACCGAAACAACCCAAGUGAACUGUCAUAUUUGUAUAUGUACCUUUUGUCAACGAACCAUAAUCGUUUUUGUAGAUUUAUAUAUAUAUAUUUACCAUGUUGAUUCGUAGUGGAUUUGUUACUAAAUAUGCACGUUGAACAUGUAAUGUGACAAACAUACAAUACAGUUAACAUGUGGAAAAAUUG